AUAAGCCCUUCUGCUACUCCUAAUCCUCUCACACCAACCACCAUGGACGAGUUCGUACAACUGGAGACUCUGUCACCCCAGCACUUCCUAUCCCUUCCCCGUCCCGACAUUAUAAUUGGGACUGCAGACGGUGUACCAGACACAUCUACUCUAGCUGCACACGAUUUCGAUGUCGACACUCGCACUGGUUUCAUGCCUCCAGAUCCCCCUCCAAGUCGCCUCCCACUUGAAUGGGAACCAUGGGAAGCUGUUCUAGAGGACGCUUUGAAGACCAAACUACAGCUGGGUGGUAAACCAGGUAUUACACCUGAGGAGGCUGCUCUAUCCUCCUCGUGGCGAGCUCGGGUCCGCGAGACCCCAAUUUUAUCAACUUUGGAUCUCACCAACUCUGAGCUAUUACUCCGUAGAGCACAUCAUGUGCUUGUUUUUAUCAUGCACAUGUACAUUCACACGCAAUCUCUGGAUACCGAAAUACGCAUUCCCCCAUCUAUCUCCAUACCCCUACUCCAAGUAUCCUCCCAGCUACAGCUCCCUGCUGUAGGCACCUACUCUGACACGGUGCUCUAUAACUGGGAUCUCAAGUCUCCUUCAUCGGAUCCUAUUCCAGCAAUACAUAAUCUCCGGAGCCAAGAUCUCUUUACUGGAACUAAUGACGAGCAAGAGUUCUACCUUGCUUCUUCUCGCAUAGAAAUCCGUGGCGUAGAAGCCCUCGAACUCAUGCGUGCCACUAUGGACGAAAUGUUCGUCGGUGAUGACAUUGCCGUUCGUCGCAUCACGUCAUUCCUUCACAAAAUGACCAAAGUAGUCGACGAACUCAAGGACAUCCUACUCGCCGUACGCGAUGGUUGCGAUCCAGAGUUUUUCUACCACAGCGUCAGACCCUGGUUCUGUGGUGCUGACUCGGACCCCGCUAAGAGGAAAUGGGUGUUUGAAGGGCUAGAAGAAUAUCCUGAGCUCCAAGAGCCGACCGAACUAUCCGGCCCGAGCGCAGGACAAAGUACGCUGAUUCAUUCCCUGGACAUAUUCCUGGGAUUAGAUAAUUGCAGCACCCAAAAUGACCCGGAUGACCGGUGGUCACUUCUUCGGCGUAUGCAGAACUAUAUGCCAAGGCACCACUUAUCGUCUAACCCUCGUCCACUUCGUUCUCUUGUUGCUGAAGGGGACCCUAAGCUACUUGAGGCAUACAAUGCUACCGUAAACGCUGUCAAGGAGUUUAGAGACGCACACAUUCGGAUUGUUGCCAUAUAUAUUAUAGGGCCUUCUAGGAAAGCAAAGGCAAGAGAAGCGGAGAGUUCAGGAUCAGAAAGUAUAGUAGACGAAAAUGGGCGGCCUUUGAAAGGAACAGGUGGAACGAAUCUAUCUCAAUUUCUAAAGGGCGUGCGGGACAAGACGGCAGAAGCUAUGAUACUACCUAGACUAGCAUAGCGAAGAUUUUUAGACUGGAUUUAGAAAUUUAUGCACACCACCCCCUCUAUCACUACAGGAUUUACUUUAUCGGUUAUUUACAUAUUUCUUUUGGUAUCACGAGUGUCGGAAAUGCACAUAGGUUACUUCAAAUUCC